AUCUUCCUCACUCUUGCCUUUGCAACUCGUCUUCUACCCGUACGGUUCCUUUAUUACUCUGGCAUUCCUGUAUUUGUGGUAGAGACCGAAUCCGGUGAUUCCUCUGUGCCUGUGAUUGUUGUCCAGUGUAUGCAGUAGCACCGUCACCCUCACACCGCGCCAGCAGGACCGAGAGACGCGACAAUGCCGUCGCCCGAGUCGCUCCAUGCCGCGCUUCCCUCCAAAGAGGUCGGCGCUGACGCCCAUGAUGAGGAGGAGCUUGCAAAUUUCGGGUACAAGCAGGAGCUGAAGCGCGACUGGGGGCUGAUGCACAAUUUUGGCAUCUCCUUCUCGAUUAUUAGUGUGAUUACGGGCAUUACGACAUUAUUCAGUUAUGGGCUUCAUACCGGUGGACCUGCCGUAAUGUCGGUCGGUUGGAUAGUGGUGUCGUUCUUUACCUUCGCAGUUGCGCUGGGAAUGGCAGAGAUCGUGUCAGCCAUCCCAACGAGCGGCGGGCCAUACUUCUGGGCUGCGAUGUUGGCACCCCCAAAACAUUCUGCGCUGAGCUCCUGGCUCACUGGCUGGUUCAACCUCCUCGGCCAAGUUGCUGUCACGACAGGUAUAACAUUUGGCUGUGCAGGUCUCAUCUCAACAGUCGCAACCGUCAAAUCUAGCUACGAACCUACGGCCGCAAAAACAGUUGGCAUCUACGCCGCCCUCCUCGUCUCCCACGGCAUCGUCAACACCUUCGGCGUCAAAGUCCUUCGAUACCUUAACAACACUUCCAUCCUUUUGCAUUCUGUUGGGGUAACCGCCAUCGCCAUAAGCGUGCUCGCUAAGGCGCCCACCCACCAACCUGCCUCCGCCGUCUUCCAAAAAUUCUACGACGGCACCGCCGCCACCCCUGAUGAGCCAGGAUGGUCGAUCAGAGCAUCACCAGCUUAUGUGGCAUGCUGCGGUGCUUUAAUGUCCAAUUAUACGUUAACUGGGUUCGACGCAUCAGCUCACUUGAGUGAAGAGACUCGUAAUGCUUCAUGGAGUGCCCCCAUCGGCGUGAUAUCCUCGGUGGGCUUCUCUGCAUUUUUUGGCUUUUUUGUCAUCAUGUCCUUCCUCUUCUCCAUCCAGGACUUUGACCGCACGCUCAACAGUGACUAUGGAAACCCAGUCCUUCAAAUAUUCGUGGAUGUCUUCGGUCCUGAUGGCGCUGUCGUGCUGUUCUGUCUCAUUAUCAUAUGCGUCUGGCAUUGCGGCCUUUUCAGUAUGACCUCCAACAGCCGCAUGAUGUUCGCCUUCUCACGUGACGGGGGCAUUCCACGCUUCUUCGCUCACGUGGAUGACAAGUUCCAGUCUCCCAUCCGCGCCGUCUGGCUCGCUGCGUUCCUUGCGUUCCUCCUUUCCCUCCCCUCGCUGGGUAGCUCUGUGGCCUUUGCCGCCGCAACAUCAAUUGCUACCAUUGGCUUAUACAUUUCCUACGGCAUUCCCAUUCUCAUCGGACUCAUCUACCCAACACACUUCAACAGCAAAAAGGGGCCAUUUAACCUAGGCCGGUUCUCGAGACCGGUGGCACUCGUGGCAACCGGCUGGAUCGGGUUUAUUACUGUGGCGUUCUGUCUUCCCACCGCAACACCGGUCGAUACGCAGAGUCUGAACUAUACAGUUGUGGCUGUGGGAAUUAUAGCCUUUGGAGCGAUGGGGACAUGGGUUGUGACAGCCAGGAAGUGGUUCGUAGGGCCGUUGAGGGAGAUUGAGUUAGAGGCGGCGGGGGUGGAUAUUAGUGAUCCGGCACAGGUGGAGAAGGCGGAGAAGGAGGGGGUUGCGGGGGUGAAUGGGGAGGCGAGGGGAGUGGAGAAUGUAAGUGCGUCAGUAACUGAUUAA